GAGCUUCCGAAUCGUUCUCGUGGUACUUGGAUGUCAUACGGAAAUCGGUCUGCGUAGCGUCGCGUGAUGUCCAACAUAUCUAAUCUCAAGAGCACACAGUCUUGGUCGUUUAAACUAUAUUCGUUUACUAGUUUUUAUACUAUGCUGUAGAGCACAAUUGAAUUAGCGCUGCUUUUAGUUAAAAAAAAACUGGCCUAUUCAUCAUUUUCCUCAGCUGAGCUAACGCGGACGUUCACUGCUUCACGCGGACGGAUGAGCAACUGUGCUAAAAACAAACCCUCGCGUCUCGUUUCUAAUGUUGUUUCUCGGGUUUGACACUUGCUUCACGCAGUAUUGAUCAGAUGAGAAAUGCAGGACUAUAACGGGGAAAUAGGAUUCGUGAAACAGAUCCUCAGUUUGAAUUUAGUGCCGAGGAAAAAUGUCACCAACUGCGGGAGGAACGACACGUCUCUUUGCGAUUUCUCCGAAAUGUGGUAUGGUGUGUUCCUGUGGACUGUCGUGUCCUCAUUGGUUUUCCACCUGCCCGCUGCCCUUUUGGCUCUCACGACGCUCCGGAGACAUAAGGUGGCACGAUUUUUCCCCAUCGGCAUCCUGCUAAUGGGCAUCAUAGGCCCAUUGUUUGGAGGGGUUCUAACAAGUGCAGCCAUAGCAGGAGUGUAUAAGGCGGCUGGAAAAAGCAUGUUCUCUUUGGAGGCCCUUGUGUUUGGAGUGGGACAAUCUUUGUGUGUCUUUAUCAUAUCUUUCCUUAGAAUUUUGGCUACCCUGUAGCACCAAGACACUGGCACACCAGGCUGCCAUCAUAAGGACUAACCUGGGCAUCAUAUGCAAAACAUGGAGGCCUUACUUUCCAAACAGUCCCAACUACUUGUUUCUUUUGAUACAGAACAUUAUUCAGAAUAUUAUUAUAUAUACAGAAUAUUAUUCUUUUGAAAUGGGAUUCCCACGAGUGUGUUGUGAUGAGACCGAGUAAAAGGUGACUUUGCAUUUGAUGAAAAGAUGACAUAAGAGCUACCUUGAUGCGUUGUGUCAUCUUGCACAUGCAUUAUUUAACUAAUGAUGCAGACUGGCAUUUUCUUAACACUAAUUUUUUUUAACAUGUUUAGAUGAUUUAAAGACUCUUUGGAGUCUGUAUGAUUUUAGUUCUGCUCUGUACAUACUAAAACCCCUUUCAGCUUUCCUUUAAAUUAUUUGUGGGGGUAACUAAACAAACAAAACCACCUGCGUUCUCUUUGCACUGAUUUUAUUAAUAUUUUAGGCCAAAGGCUUAAAGUUUGUUUUAAGUUUCUCUCUUACUCACAAUGUUUUAUUUUUUGCCCCCUAAUGUGGCAUGUUUCAUAGGGAUAGUUCGCAGAAAAAUGAAAAUUUGCUGUUAAUUUACUGCCCCUCAGCCCAUCCAGUAUCAAUAUAUUGUGUUGCUUGUAUUUGCUUUUUUGACUUCUAAAGUAAUGGCAUCAGUGUACUCGCACUGUAUAAAUCACAAAGCAUCAUGGUUUCAUCUAAAAAUGUACCUUUUAUUGUUCUUCUGAUAAAGUCACCGACAUGUUUGAUGGCCUGAGGUUUGGUAAAUAACAGGAAAUUUUCAAUUUUGGCUCAACUGUCUCUUUAAGAGGUUACAGCAAAACGCACAUGGAGCUACAUGUAUGUACUAUUAUGUGUGUGGAUGUAAUUUCUUCACAGCAUAAGGAUUCCUUGCUGGAGUUUAAGUGGCUUUGGUUGCGUAUUUUGUUAUAUAUUUGUGACUUGUUUUAGCAUCUGAGUGUUUUUGGCUUUGGGAUUUGGCCUUUGGAUUGCUUUUCUGUAUAUAUUAGAGUGAUAUAAUAUUGCUUUGAUACCUAACUUGCCCAUUAUAUUGUAUAUGUGGCAGCCUCACCUCUUAUGCCUCAUAUGUGAAUGUAAACGAGACUUUAGCUAAAUUUAUAACAAAAUCUCUUAUACCUUCACCAAAGAAACUGUUAGUUUAACCUACAGUCAUAUUUCUGUAGAAAAAUAAAUUAAAUGACAACAUACUGUCAUUUGAAAUGAUAAGAAAAAUCAAAGUCAGAACCCCACGUUUGUGUACAGAAGUAUAUAAAAUUAGAUGCUUAUCCUCUUA